UGAAAUUUUAUUGACUCUCCAAAAAUGUUUUCAACACUUAUAAUUUCAGCAUUUAUUCAAUCUCGAUUUUCAAACCCUAUCAAAAAUUCCCCCAAUUCGUAGUCUCGCUAUCCAAUAUUAUCUGUUUAGAUUAAAAAUUCCCUUCAUUUCUUGAUUGCAUCGCAGCUCAGAUUUUGUUUUGGGGCUGAAUAGAAAUCGGCAGCUCUAUCGAUUUUUCUCAGAAACCCUACUGGCUGAAAGAUCGGGAUGAGUAACGAAAUCUGAGAUUUGAAGAUUUAGUUGAGAAAUUAUUUAGCUCAAUUAGAUUGGGGUUUUGCAUCCGGUUUGUUUGAUCGACUGAUAAGCUAGGGUUUUAGUCGAUUUGCAUUUUGGUGGAGAAAUUGGGGAUUUCUCGUUAAACAGGUUGAUUUUGGUUCAUCUUCUGUAAUGGGUAAUUGUUGUGCAGUACCGCAAACCUCGGAUGAGAAGAAGCCAAACCCUUACUUCGAUGGGAAACCUGUUCCGAAUGGUGGGCUCAAAUCUUAUGUGUUGGAGAAUCCAACAGGGCAUAACAUAGAUGAGUUUUAUGAGCUGGGGCGGGAGCUCGGACGGGGUGAAUUUGGGAUCACGUAUAUGUGUACAGAUAAGAGCACUGGUGAUAUUCUUGCUUGUAAGUCGAUAUCAAAGAAGAAGUUGAAGACUAGAGUGGAUAUUGAGGAUGUUAAAAGAGAGGUCGAGAUCAUGAAGCAUUUGCCUAAGCACCCUAAUAUAGUGACGUUGAAGGACACUUAUGAGGAUGAUAAAGCAGUCCACUUAGUAAUGGAAUUGUGUGAGGGUGGUGAGUUGUUUGAUAGGAUUGUUGCUAGAGGGCAUUAUACUGAAAGGGCUGCUGCAGCUGUGACUCGUACGAUUGUUGAAGUUAUUCAGAAUUGUCACAAGCAUGGGGUCAUACAUCGUGAUCUCAAACCUGAAAAUUUCUUGUUUAGCAAUAAAAAGGAAACAUCACCACUGAAAGCUAUUGAUUUUGGGCUGUCAGUCUUCUUCAAGCCUGGCCAGACAUUUGAUGAGAUAGUCGGAAGUCCCUAUUAUAUGGCUCCAGAGGUGCUUAAAAGGAACUAUGGUCCAGAAAUUGAUGUCUGGAGUGCUGGUGUAAUUCUCUACAUAUUACUCUGCGGUGUUCCACCAUUUUGGGCUGAAACCGAACAAGGAGUUGCCCAAGCGAUCAUUCGUUCUAACGUGGACUUCAAACGAGACCCUUGGCCCAAAGUGUCUGAUAGAGCAAAGGAUCUGGUGAAGAAAAUGCUCAAUCCUGAUCCCAAAAAACGGCUUACAGCACAAGAAGUUCUCGAUCAUCCCUGGUUACAAAAUGCAAAGAGUGCUCCUAAUGUUUCUCUGGGUGAAACUGUCAGAGCUAGGCUCAUGCAAUUUUCGAUGAUGAAUAAGUUGAAGAAAAGAGCUCUAAGGGUGAUUGCUGAGCAUUUGUCAGUAGAAGAAGUGGCAGGAAUAAAGGAGGGGUUCAAAUUGAUGGAUACAAACAACAAGGGGAAGAUCGACAUCAAUGAGUUGAGAGUUGGAUUACAUAAGCUUGGUCAUCAAAUCCCCGAAUCUGAUCUCGUAGUUCUCAUGGAAGCGGGUGAUGUGGAUAAGGAUGGAUAUCUCGACUGCGCGGAGUUUGUUGCCAUAUCUGUACACCUAAGAAAGUUGGGCAAUGAAGACCAUCUGCGCAAGGCCUUCGACUUCUUUGAUAAAAACGGAACUGGGUAUAUAGAGAUUGAAGAGCUGAGGGACGCCUUCGCUGAUGAGGCAGAAGUUACCAGUGAAGAGGUCAUAAAUGCUAUUAUUCAAGACGUUGACACCGAUAAGGAUGGUCGUAUAAGUUAUGAGGAGUUCGCUGCAAUGAUGAAAUCUGGCACUGAUUGGAGAAAGGCGUCAAGACAAUACUCACGAGAACGAUAUAACAGUCUUAGCUUGAAAUUGAUGGAGGAUGGAUCCUUAAACAAGAACCAGGAGUAGAUAGAUGAGAAGACACUGACUUGCUUCGGCUUAAACGGAAAACCAAUGAUCGUUUCGUGAUCAGUACGCAAGGACUUAAAACGAAAAACUGAGUAUGGUCUCGGCUCUAAUUAUUUUUUUCUUUGAUUGUAUAUGUUAAGAUGGCUGGCUGUUGAGGAUGACGAUAAAUAGGUCAUUCACGUUCAUGUUUACUCUGAUUUGUGUGGUUUGUUCGUUGGUUGGUUAUUCUGGGAUAAAGAUUCACAGAUAUUAAGGAUCUUUCAAUGUGUAUGUUUCUAGUAAGAAAUGUAAUACCUUUGCAGUUGUAUAUACACGUAUUAUUCUCCAA